CUGAGCAGCGGGAGUGCGCAAGGCGGCCGGGCAUGCACCUGGAGAGAAACCGCCCCGCCAAGCCAAGCAAAGGCUCAGCCGGAGACACAGCAGCAUGCAGGGCGAUGCUCUAACAGCGGGGAUAAAGCAGCAGAUCACCGGGUGGAUAAGGAGCUGCAGCAUGGGCGUGGGAGAGAGGCGCAACCUAAAUGAGAGCGAUGUGAUUCCACUGGCAUAAGGAGGGUGGGUGGGGGGAACCCGAGUCGUGUUGGAUCAGAGUGUCCCGGGUGUAUUGGGAGGGCUUGGUUUGGUGUCUUGUUCGCCCAAAUUUAGCAAACACAGUACUUUUUCCCCCCCUGCAACCUCCAGUGGAGUUGAAAGGAUGGAGAAAGGCUCACAGCAGCAGCAGCUGCCCAAAAGCGCAGAUGGUCCAGCGGACGACAUCUCCAAAAUAAACGACGAGGAGCUGCUGAAGUGGGGCAAAGAGGAGCUGGUGCGGCGCCUGCGGAGGGCAGAGGCGGAGAAGAGGGGCGUAAUUGUGGAGCACGGAAAUCUGAUGCGGGAGGUGAACCGGAGACUCCAGCAGCACCUGAACGAGAUCCGGAGUUUGAAGGACGUGAACCAGAAACUGCAGGAGGAUAACCAGGAGCUGCGGGACCUGUGCUGCUUCCUAGACGACGACCGUCAGAAGGGGAAGAAGGUGUCUCGGGAGUGGCAGCGUCUGGGCCGCUACAGCGCCGGCCUGAUGAGGAAGGAGGUGGCCAUCUACCUGCAGAAACUGAAGGAGCUGGAGCAGCGGCAGGUGGAGGUGAUCCGGGAGAACCUGGAGCUAAAGGAGGUGUGCUUAAUGCUGGAGGAGGAGAGGGCUGCGGCUAUGACAGGAGGGGGCGGAGGCGGGCCAGGAGGUCCUGGGCGCAGGAGCUCCAUUGACAGUCAGAGCAGCUUGUCCCAGCUGGGUGGAGGUGUCCCGGCACCUGGCCUGCUAAGGGACGUCGGUGAUGGGAGCAGCACCUCUAGCGCGGGGAGUACAGAUAGCCCAGAUAACCCCCACCUUAAACCCCCUCCAAUGGGCUCCAACACCAUGCCUGGAUCUGGGUCAAGGUGUGGCUCCACAGAACACCACCACAAACCUGGAGAGGUGUGUGAUUCCACAGGAAGGAGGCAUAGCUCCACCCCGGAGUACCACACCUUCCCUCAGUCUUGCCGCCCCCGUGGGGGAUCCCUCACCAACUUGGAUCCCCGUGGACUAAGAGGACACAGCCCAGAGAAACACAGCAAGUCCCCUACCAGACUUCCCUGCGAGUCCCACCACCAACCCUGUAGCUCUGACCUUCUAGCCCAGAAACAGCUCUCGAUGUCAGGGCAGGCAUCACCAGGCUGUGGGAAGGGAUCAGCCAAGUCCAGCCCAGAGCUGAGUCAAAGACACAGGCAGGUUCACAUGGCAGGGGGCGGCUGUGGGAGUCCUGAGGCCAAACAUGCGGCCAUGGUGACACCUGAGCAUCUUAGGAAAGGAAGGGUGAUUGUUGGUAGUCCUGAGUCCAUAAGGCACCACCAUCACUACCAGCACAGCCCUGGUGGGGAGCAUGGGAGGUAUACCAGUGGCUCCCCCAGCAGGGAUGGAGGUCAGAGGAGGGCGGCAGCAGGAGAUGAGAUGGCCUCCCACCACCAGAGUCUGUACAACGCUCUGAUUUCUGCUGGUUGCUGCACCAACUCCUGUAGAAGUGUAAAGCUCUGGGACAGCUUUGAUGCCUCCUGACCAUGACAUGCCUCUUGAUCAGAUGCUGCUUUGACACGACAAACCCCGGAGAGAGAAGGAGAGGGUUAUUAGCAGGAUGAAUGGAUGGAUAGACGAUUAAAUCGAUGCAUAACUGGAUGGAUAAAUGAUCAUGGAAUUAUACGUCAAGCAGUGAAGAAUAAGGACGCAGAUAUGUGCAAGAAGGAAAACAAAAGAGGCAAAACCUCUGAAACACUCUCUCUGCCCUGUCUUCUGCUGCUGUUGCUGCUGCUAUGCAUUUACUGUGGACCACCAGAAAAGACUGAAUGUCAGUGUUCGGACAGGCAGAGGAUCAUCCCUGCAUUGCCAAAAUGAAGAAACUAUGAGGAGAAAAUAAAAAAAAGACAGCCGAGAAGUGUUGUGUUGCCAACAAAAUAGUCCUACCUCUUUGGAAAGACAGACACCUUUUGGAUGAAUGAAACUGAACGUGGAAGAGUAUCUUCUCAUGCCAAAGUUGGAGCUUACAGCCACUUCUCUACACAAUCACAACACCAGUGAAUAUUAAAACCUAAUGCCCAACCACAAGACAAUGGUAACUACUUUGACAAAAAGAUUUGUGGCCCUGGACUAAAAGCACAAAAUAACUAACUAAAGAAAGCAAAAAUAUUCUUGUUUUAUUGAGCAGCGGUAGCCGUUGUUUUUCUGACGUUUGUGGUAACAUUGAACUCAACAAUUUGGGAAAACAGCAACAUAGAUACAACAACGUCCAACUGGGUAAGAUACACAAGAGGUUAUCCAAUCAGACAGGCUACAAACAAGUUUAGCUCUAUUUUAUUAACCAAUUGAUUUUGGAGCCAAUCCAUGAAGGUUUCCAGUUGUUAACAUUGAGGCUGGUGACUACAAAUGAACCGUCUUCUAUUAUUUCUCCAUUCUCAGCUCUUAGUGUAUUUGAAGCUAUGAGGUAGUACCGCAGAAUCCUGAAUAUUAGUUGCAUAUCGGACACAAUGUGUUAGGGGGGAUAAGUUUAACUGUCUUCCUGCAAGACAAUUUCCAUCGGAUUCCUCCAAGUCUAAAAUGUGCAUAAUGAGCAGUUUAAAUGCAUGUUUAUGACCUGAUGAUGGAGAAAAGCUGGUGAAAGCUGUUAGCCUGAUCUGUCGUCACUUUGUAUCCCAGAACACUGCAUAUUAAAAGCUUUGAAUACACAAAGCUCAUGUCCGUUAUUAACUUCUAACUUCAACUAAAUUUAGUUGACUAUGUUUUUGUUUCUUGAAUUUAUUUUCGCUAACUCUAGUCAGCUGGAUCGCAGACCACUUUAUAGAUGGAAAAAAAUAUAAUAAGUGUCUUAAACACUAAAUAUUACAGUAAAUCCCGAGCUGAACCAGCUGACAAAAAGUCAAUUGAUUGAAAAAUAAUUCACAAUUUUGAUUCCCAGUUUAACAUUCUGAGUUCAAACUUAAAUACUAAAAGAUUUACCAGCUGAAAUUUUAGCAGAUAGGCAUGUUGAGAUCAAGUAGUUUUAAACACUUUUUCCAUUACAUUGAUCUGACAAAGGACAUAUUUCAGGACAGAAUGUCAUCAGUGUUAAAGGCUUUAUAUGUGAUUUUUCACACUUAAAUAUAAUCAAGUAUAUCCUCUGAAA